GAUCCCCUCCGGGCUGACAAAAGGACGCCGGAGGCGAAGAAGGUGACAGCUGCCGCUUGGAUCGCCGUGGUGCUGAAACGGACAGCUCCUUGGCGCCGGCUCUGCCUUGACUCGCUUUCGGCUGGUCCCUUCCUCUUCCGCAUCCUGAAGUCGAGGGAAGGGAUUUCUCAAGACUUCCUUCUGCCCCACCCCCGCGGCUCCCCCAGUCCUUCCCUCCACCAUCCGCGGGCAGGGACGGCUUGCCUUCGAUGCUGCCGCAGCUCCGAGAGCUGCCAUGCCUUGACGCCCUCCUGACCCAGCAGCUUCCAUGGCGGUGGCAAGGAAAAUCAAAACUUUGUUGACGGUGAACAUCUUGGUCUUCGUGGGCAUCAUCCUCUUCUCGGUCUACUGCAGGAUCCAGGACCGCUCCCAGGAGCUAGUGCAGAUCGUCCAGAGCGCUGACCGACGGAUGAGGGGACGGAAUGCCAAGGUGGGCGCCCUGCUGGACAGGGAGGCCAUCCUGCAACGGUUGGACCAUCUGGAGGAGGUGGUUUACAACCAACUCAAUGGUCUGGCCAAGCCCAUGGGAUUAGUUGAAGGCCCUGGAGGGCUGGGCCAAGGAGGAAUGGCUGCCACAUUGAGAGAUGAUAGCCAUGAAUCAGAAACUAAAUAUGAAGAAUAUGGUUACAAUGCCCAACUGAGCGAUCGGAUUUCAUUGGACAGAUCUAUUCCAGACUACAGACCCAAAAAGUGCAAACAGAUGUCCUAUCCUGAUGAUCUUCCCCAGAUCUCGGUGGUCUUUAUUUUUGUAAAUGAAGCCUUGUCUGUCAUCCUGCGCUCAGUCCACAGUGUUGUGAAUCACACUCCAUCCCACUUGCUCAAGGAGAUCAUUCUGGUGGAUGACAACAGCGACAAUGUUGAGCUGAAGUUUAAUUUGGAUCAAUAUGUCCAUAAAAGAUAUCCAGGUCUGGUGAAAAUAGUUCGCAAUAACAAACGGGAAGGGCUGAUCCGAGCUAGAAUCCAAGGCUGGAAAGCUUCAACGUCUCCGGUUGUUGGUUUUUUUGACGCUCACGUUGAAUUCAACACUGGCUGGGUAGAGCCAGCCCUGACACGGAUUAAAGAGGAGCGCAAACGGAUUGUCCUCCCAGCUAUAGACAACAUCAAGUACAAUACUUUUGAAGUGCAACAGUAUGCCAAUGCUGCUCAUGGCUACAAUUGGGGACUCUGGUGCAUGUAUAUCAUCCCACCUCAGGACUGGCUGGACAGAGGAGAUGAGUCUGCACCCAUCAGGACGCCAGCCAUGAUUGGGUGCUCGUUUGUGGUGGAUAGAGAGUACUUUGGUGAGAUCGGCCUGCUUGAUCCUGGAAUGGAGGUUUAUGGAGGAGAAAAUAUUGAACUCGGUAUGAGGGUCUGGCAGUGUGGCGGGAGCAUGGAAGUCCUGCCUUGUUCUCGAGUGGCCCACAUUGAGCGCACUAAGAAACCUUACAACAAUGACAUUGACUAUUAUGCAAAGCGCAACGCCCUGCGUGCUGCUGAAGUUUGGAUGGAUGACUUCAAAUCCCAUGUGUACAUGGCAUGGAACAUACCAAUGACGAACCCUGGAGUUGACUUCGGAGAUGUUUCUGAAAGGGUGGCUUUACGGCAGCGUCUUCAGUGCCGGAGUUUUAAGUGGUACUUGGAGAAUGUCUAUCCUGAAAUGAGGGUUUACAACAACACCAUCACAUAUGGAGAGGUACGCAACAGCAAAGCCAGUGGCUACUGCUUGGACCAGGGGGCAGAAGAUGACAAUAAAGCAAUUCUCUAUCCAUGCCACGGAAUGUCUUCCCAGCUUGUCCGUUACAGCACCGAAGGAUUGUUGCAACUGGGCCCGCUGGGAUCCACAGCCUUCCUACCUGACUCAAAAUGUCUCAUAGAUGAUGGGAAAGGAAGGGCCCCCGCGCUGAAGAAAUGCGAAGAUACGCUGAGGCCAGCCCAGCGUCUCUGGGAUUUCACACAGAACGGGCCCAUCAUCAACCGAGAUACUGGCCGGUGUCUGGAAGUAGAAAUGUCUAAGGAUGCCAACUUUGGACUCAGAUUAGUGGUACAGAGGUGCUCGGGGCAAAAAUGGAUGAUCAGAAACUGGAUAAAACAUGGAAGACAUUGAUUUCCAAGCCUAAAAGAACAUUGACAUCUCUUCUCAAAAUCCCACGUGCCCUAAUCUCUCCGAGAGUUGUAGGACUAAAAGGACUAAAAUGAAGAAAAGAUGGCUAAAAGGAGAAGGCCAGGUUGCAUAUUUGGGGUGUUAUUAUUUUUUUAAAGGAACAAUGUGAACUGGCCGUGUCUACAUAGAGAAAGCUAACACAUCAGGGAGGACGCUAAUCUAGGACUUACUCCUUGAUGUACAAGUUGGGUUGAUUCUGGGAAAAUCUGCCUAGAGGAGGCUUGGUCUCCUGAGGCUUUACCUGCCCCCAUUUCAAUCAGAAGCUGAGCCCAAGCUACCCUUGCAUCGUUGGGUGCCCAAGAAAGACUUUUCCAAGCUUUCUUUUUCUAGCUUACUUCUUGGAAUGCUUUCAGUUGGUUAAAAAAGAGGGAUUGGACGAUAGCGUCAAACUUUACUUUGGGUCUCAUGGGGGAAAGAGGGAGGGAAGCCCUACUGGGGAUGAUUGGGUAGGACGGAUUGAUCUCGUGCCUCACGGAAGACGGUCCUGUUCCAAGUGGAUUUUGUAGCUUUAAGUUGCUGACUUGAUGCACAACUGUUAUGGUGAACAGAACCAUGUGCCUUUUCUACUGCGCUUCCUAUCCUGGGGAACUGGGAAGUUUCACAACUUCAGCAUGUCUGAUUAACUAUUCAAAACCACCCCAAAGGCAACAAUGAAUACCCUGUAAAUAAAUUAUACUGCUCUCCCCUACAAAAAAGCAUCUGAUACAUAAUAUG